AAAUUUCAGGGUUUUAGGGUUUUAGCGAGAAGAAGAACGUAUUCAUGGAGUCAAAAAACAAGGAUAAUAAGAACAGAAAGGGGAAAAGGCCGGCCGAUGCCUCCUCCGCAGCCGGAGAUGAAAGCGGCGGAGGAAAUAGAACUGAGAAGAAUGUCAUCAAUGAUUCUCGAUUUGCGGCGUUACACUCGGAUCCUAGAUUCCGCGAACCACCGCAGAAAAAGUCUAAAGUUACCAUUGAUUCUCGAUUUAAUCGUAUGUUCACUGAUAAAAACUUCGCAUCAUCAAAAGCAUCGACUGAUAUUAGAGGCAAACCCCGUAAAUCUUCUGCUAAAAACCCUCUUAACCAUUAUUACCAUAUUGAGGAAGAAGAACAGGGUGAGAAACAGAAGAGGCAGAAGGAGAAAUCAAAGGUGUUAGAAUCUGAAAGCGAUGAUGACAGUGAAGAAGAAGAAGAGACCAAGAGUGACAGUGGGACGAGUGAAGAAGAAAUUGAGGACCAUAAAUUGAAGAAAGUUGGCGCCGUAUCAUCAGAGUCCGAAGAAGAUGAAGAUGAGGAAGUGGGAAGUGAUAAUUCAUUGGCAAGUACGUCCGAUUCCGAUUCCGAUUCCGAUUCCGAUUCCGAUUCUGAUGAUGAAAUGGCCGAAGAUUCUUCAGAGGAGGAAGACACUUUCGUGCAGAAAGAGGAUGUGCCUGAGAUUGACAAGGAAACUAAGAGGCUUGCUGUUGUUAACAUGGAUUGGGGUAGAGUAAAGGCAGUUGACUUGUAUAUGCUAUUGAGCUCCUUUCUCCCAAGAGGGGGUCAAAUAACAUCUGUUGCUGUCUAUCCAUCUGACUUUGGUCUCAAGCGUAUGGAAGAGGAGGCUGUCCAUGGUCCAGUUGGCCUAUUUGACGAGGAAAAGGCAAAAGAUGAAGACAGUGAUGAUGAAGAUGAUGAUGAGGAGGAGAUGGACAAUGAAAAAUUACGCGCCUAUGAAAUUAGUCGGCUCAGGUAUUAUUAUGCUGUGGUGGAAUGCGAUUCAAGUGCUACAGCAGAUUAUCUUUACAAAACUUGUGACGGGGUUGAGUUUGAAAGAACAUCAAACAAAUUAGAUUUGAGAUUUAUUCCUGAUUCCAUGGAAUUCAAGCAUCAACCACGUGACAUUGCAACAGAAGCCCCUGCAGAUUAUGAAGGUCUAGAUUUUCACACUCGAGCUUUGCAGCACAGCAAUAUUGAACUUACAUGGGAUGAGGAUGAGCCACAACGCAUCAGGACCUUGAAGAGACAGUUCAAUGAUGAACAGCUUGCAGAUAUGGAGUUGAAAGAGUUUUUGGCGUCUGAUGAGAGUGGAAGUGAUGAUAGUGAGGAAGGUGAUGACACAGAAGAUAAAUCUGCCAAAAGGAAGAAAAAACAAGAUACCUACCGUGCGUUACUCCAGUCUGGGGAGGGUUCAGAUGGAAAUGAGGACAAUGAUCAGGACAUGGAGGUCACAUUUAAUACUGGAUUGGAAGAUCUAAGCAAACGUAUCCUAGAAAAGAAGGAUAAACAGUCGGAAACUGUAUGGGAAGCUUAUCUCAGAAAGAAAAGGGAGAAAAAGAAGUCCAGGAAAGGUAACACCAAGGAUUCAUCAGAAGAUGAGAGCAGUGAUAGUGAUCAAGAACCUAUAGAUGAACCUGAGGACUUCUUCAUAGAAGAGCCUUCUGCAAAAGGGGAUAAGGAUUCCCAACAUAAGAGCACCAGGAAAGGGAAGCAGAGCCUUGAAGCAUCUGAAGAGGCUGAGGCAAGUAGAGCAGAGCUUGAGCUAUUACUUGCAGAUGACAAAGGAGGAGACCCUAACUUGAAGGGUUACAACAUGAAACCUAAAAAGGCAAAGGGGAAGAAGGGUAAAGGAACUCCAGUAGAGGACAAGUUACCAACUAUAGAUUAUGAAGAUCCACGGUUUUCAUCUCUCUUUAAAUCACACCUCUUUGCAUUGGACCCCACAGAUCCUCAGUUCAAACGGAGUGCAGCUUAUGCUCGCCAGUUGGCACAAAAGCAGCACAAGGUCGAAGAAGAAAUUGUAAGUGCAAAACAACAUCCCGGAGUAGCUGCACCACUGCAGCCAUCUAGAACAUUAGAGUCAGCAACAAAUGAAAAAUUGCAGUCUGAUGAUUUGCCUUCAAGAAAGGAGAAGCACGAGCUAUCUUCUUUAGUUAAAUCUAUUAAGAUGAAAUCACAACAAUUAUCAUUGUCCUCUCAAGGUAAGGCGGUAGUAAAGAAUGAAAAAAGUCAAGCAAUGGCAAAGAAUAUCGAUGGAGAGCGAGGAAAGAAGGAGAAUGAAAAAAGUCGAGCAAGGGCAAAGAAGAAAGAUGAAAAGCGAGUAAAAUAAGAGAGUGAAAAGUAAGAGGUUAUAUAAUUUUGAUCCUAAACUUCUCAUGGGAUUACACACACAAGGUUCAUGAAAAUGGAUCAUGGUUCAGUAUGGGGUGAAUAGUGGCCUUAGUGAAUCUCAAUACGUAGCAACUUUAAUUUUUUUACUUCCUUUAUUUUUUACUGUAUGGCCUAAAUUUAUGGU